AUGGAAGGAGCUCUCGAUGACAUCAAAGAGCGGGAACGGGAAGGUAGUUCCUUCCGUAUCAAACCACUGGCUCCCCAGCCAAAUGGCCAAGAGCGAUAUCGAGCGGUUUUCAGUGACAUUUCCAAUUAUGUGCAGACUAUGAUAGCCACCCAAGCGAACCAUCUCGUCAAAGACGGAAUCCUGAGGAAGGGCUGCCUUGUACGACUGAAGUCCUUUCAGUCAAAUGCCAUCAAAGGCAAGAAGAUCCUUAUCAUACUCGAUCUUGAAGUCCUUCAACAUCUUGGCGAAUACGAAAAAAUCGGAGAUCCCAAACCGUUGGAGACCAAGGCAGAAGAUGAGGAGAAAGCAACGCCAACAAUGGUGUCUGGAAACGGGACAUACGGCGCGAAGGCACCAACUUCAUAUGACUCUCGCAAUGUGCGACAGGCAUCGUCUUCUGGCCACGCAACCAUUUAUCCCAUUGAAGCUAUAUCCCCAUAUUCUCAUAAGUGGACUAUUAAAGCACGUUGCACGAGCAAGUCGGCUAUUAAGACAUGGCAUCGCAGUAACUCAGAAGGCAAGCUCUUUAGCGUUAAUCUUUUGGACGACAGUGGCGAAAUCAGGGCGACCGGCUUCAACGACCAGUGUGACUCGCUCUAUGAUCUUUUCCAAGAGGGUUCAGUUUACUACAUCUCAAGUCCAUGUCGAGUUCAGAUUGCCAAGAAGCAAUUCUCUAAUCUAAACAAUGACUACGAGCUCACGUUUGAAAGAGACACCAUUGUCGAAAAGGCCGAGGACCAGGACAGUGUUCCCCAAGUUCGAUUUAACUUCACGACCAUUGGCGAUCUUCAGUCCGUGGAAAAGGAUACAACAAUUGAUGUUAUUGGUGUUCUGAAAGAAGUUGGACCGACUUCCCAAAUUACUUCCAAAACGACGAACAAGCCCUACGACAAACGGGACUUGACUCUUGUCGACAACACCGGAUUCUCUGUUCGACUUACAGUUUGGGGCAAUCUAGCCACGAAUUUCGAUACUUUACCUGAAUCGGUAGUGGCGUUCAAAGGAGUGAAGGUGUCUGAUUUUGGUGGCAGAAGCCUGAGUUUGCUCAGUUCUGGCACCAUGACCGUAGACCCAGACAUUGAAGAGGCACACAGACUCAAGGGUUGGUAUGAUGCACAGGGAAGGUCUGACACCUUUACAUCACACGCUUCGAUGUCGGAUGGAACAACUCCUGGCGGUGGAAAGCUUGACCAAUACAAGACGAUUGCUCAAAUCCGGGAAGAGCAAUUGGGAAUGUCAGAAGCUGCCGACUUCUUCUCCCUGAAAGCAACAAUCAUUUACAUCAAGCAGGACAAUGUGAGCUAUCCAGCAUGCCCUUCACAGGGGUGUAACAAGAAAGUUAGCGAACUAGACCCUGGACAAUGGCGCUGUGAACGAUGCGACAAGACUUAUCCCAAGCCCGAAUAUCGCUACAUCAUGCUUAUCAACGUUAGCGAUCAUACUGGGCAAUUGUGGUUGAACUGUUUCGACGAGGUUGGAAGACUUAUCAUGGGUACAACUGCAGAUGAACUGGUGAAUAUGGAGGCUGAAAACAAGUACGAAACCAGCGAGCUAUUCCAGGAGGCCAACUGCCAGACGUGGAACUUCCGUUGCAAGGCGAAAAUGGAUCACUACGGCGAACAGCAGAGAAUUCGUUAUCAGAUCUCCUCUGCGAAGCCAGUCAAUUAUUCUGACGAAGCUGCGCGAUUGGCGAAUUUCAUCCAGUCGUAUAGUCUUGCCUGAGGGUGUUUUAUUCUUGCUUUGUAUUUCGUGUCUACGUCACAUGUAUGUUCUUUUGUUCGGCACGAGACGGCUGCUGAGAUGCUUGUCCUAUCA